AGUACUGCGGAAGUGGUCUUUCUGUCAGAUCUAAACGUCGCUGUGUAGCAGAGGGUGUUGAUGAGCUGAGCGCGGUUCCCGAGCAAGAACAGCUUCCUGCAAACAUCUGGUUGUCCGGGGAGGGGGAGACGAUGCUGCGGGAGCCGUCAGUAGACAGCAGCGGCUCCAGGUUCACCCCUCUGGUGGUGCUGGAGCUGACCUCAGACGCCAAGGAGGAGGCCAUCGCCUGGCUGCUGAGCCGGAUAAGAGACCGGGAACAGAAUGGAGGUGCUGAGCUGCUGGUGGAGCAGCUGGGACCUGGAGUCGGGGCGGAGGAGAAGGAAAACCCCAACAUGUUUCUGGUGGGGGCCUCAGUGCAGAGGCUGCUCUGUGGUGCUGAGAGUCUGGGCCUCUUUAAGGAGUACAAUGAUGGGUCCAUGCGGGCCUUCACCUACGCCAACAAGCACAACUUCAAAGAUUUUACAGGGGAUGGAGACAGCUUCCUCAGUACGGCUGAGUGUCAGUGCAUCAUCAAGCAUGAGCUGGACACACUGCGAGCCAGAGAUGAGACCCAUGUACCAGGAUACGCCCAGGCCAAGCUCUACCCUGGGAAAUCUAUCAUUCGCAGACUGCUGUCCAAAGGAAUCUUGAUCCAAAUGUUUCCUCUGCAUGAAAAAGAAGAACUCAAGAGACUUUGUUUUUCCUGGUAUAAAAAAGUGAAACUGUCCCUUCAGCCUCUGGAUGACAUCAGACACUAUUACGGUGAGGGCCAGGCUCUCUACUUUGGCUUCCUGGAGUACUUCACCUUUGCUCUGCUGCCGAUGGCCCUCAUUGGGUUGCCUUACUAUCUGUUUGACUGGGAGAACUACGACAAAUACAUCGUCUUUGCUGUGUUCAACGUGAUCUGGUGCACAGUUAUCCUGGAGUUAUGGAAGCGUCACAGUGCCUCACUAGCCUACCGCUGGGGCACACUGUGCAUGAAAAAGGCCUUUGAAGAACCUCGACCGGGCUUUCACGGCGUGCUUGGGUUCAACCCUGUGACGGGACGUGAAGAGCCCAUCUACCCCACCUCCAAGAGGCAUCUGCGCAUCUACCUCGUGUCUCUGCCCUUCGUCCUGGUCUGCCUCUACCUGUCCCUCUACGUCAUGAUGAUCUACUUCCAGAUGGAGGGGUGGGCGCUGUCCGUCUAUGAUGAGGACCCCACAUUCUGGACAGAAAUCCUGCUCUUCAUCCCCAGUGUCAUCUAUGCUGUGGUCAUAGAGGCCAUGAACCUCAUCUACAGAUACGCUGCCGAGUUCCUCACUAACUGGGAAAAUCACAGGCUCGAGUCUUCGUAUCAGAAUCACUUGGUCCUCAAAGUAUUAGUGUUCAACUUCUUCAACUGUUUCGCAUCACUGUUCUACAUCGCCUUUGUCAUGCAGGACAUGGCGCUGCUGAGACACAGUCUGGCGACCUUGUUGAUCACCAGUCAGAUCUUGAAUCAGUUCAUGGAGGCCUUCUUGCCCUACUGGCUGCAGAGGAGACGCAACAAAAAGAUGAUUCGUAAAGUCCAGAAGAGAAGAAUUCUCGAGGGCAAAGAGCUCCCUCUGCCAGAGCAGGUCCGGCUUGAGGCUGACAUGAGCACGUACUUGGGCACAUUUGAUGACUACCUGGAGCUCUUCCUGCUGUUUGGUUACGUCAGUCUGUUCUCCUGCGUCUUCCCUCUGGCUGCCGUCCUCGUGGUGUUAAACAACAUCACUGAGGUUUACUCUGAUGCCUUCAAGAUGUGUCAAGUGUUCAAACGGCCCUUCUCUGAUCCAGCUGCAAACAUCGGAGUUUGGCAGCUCGCCUUUGAGGCCAUGAGUGUGAUAGCUGUUGUGACCAACUGUGCGCUGAUCGGCCUGUCACCACAAGUCAGAGCCUACUUCCCCGAGUCAGACACACAGCUCAUACUGUGGAUUGUGGCUAUCGAGCAUGGACUGCUGGCCUUCAAGUUCAUCCUGACCUUCCUCAUCCCAGACGUUCCCAAAUACAUCCAGAAUGAACUGGCCCGUCUGGAGUUUGAAUCACUGGAGGCCUUCAAGAAGAAGAAACAGCUCCAUGGAGGAAAAUGCUGGAAGCCUCGGAGCUCAGCAAGAUCCAGUGAGGAAGACAGGAGUGCCUGCAGAUACUGAUGCUGACACACUGUGGUUUACAUCCCCAUUCUGACACUCUGCAUGUGUGUGUGUGUGUGUGUGUGUGUGUGUGUGUGUGUGUGUGUGUGUGUGUGUGAGAAAAACAAAUGUUACUUUUAGAGUUUGUGUGGUUGUUUUUUUUUCCUGCACACUGUUAAUCUCCUCACUGCAUCACUGAACAGUUUUACUGUUCCACUGGAAGGUUGACGGUUGGUUCAGGUGCCUUGCUGCGUACCAAAUAUGUUGCUUUUUAAAUUGGAUGCACUGUAAGGUUUUGUGUUGGGGUUGUGCGUACACAGGGUGUGAGAUAAAUGUUUACAUCACAGAGGGAUGCUGUAAACAACACCUACUGUAGAAAAUAUUGAUUUUAUAUCCAAGUAACUUUGUGUCGGGUUCAGUUUAGUCGGUUUAUGAUGAUGCACAUGUUGAAGUUUGUUAAAGCUGCUUUUCAUGCUCAGCACAUCAAAUAUGGAAGGACAAAUAGGCCAAAAAGAUAUAAAGCUUUAAAUCAGCUUGACCUCUAAUUGUGAAAUUGAAUCACUGUAAAUGAUCUGAGCACAGUUUAGUUUGUUUUUUUAUUUUAAUGGCCACAGUCCAUAAAAAGAGCAGGUGUACUCAGAGGCUGCAUACCUUCAAUAAAGACUGAGCUGUUAGCUUUCUAAUAUGAAAUGCAUUUAAAAAUGAAGAUCAUCUGUUCAGAGCUGCAGCGUUUGCAGAGCCUCAGGGUGUGACUGCAGGAAGGAAACCCUCCUGAUGUUUGCAUCACAGGCGGCUAAUCCUGUUAGCUAGCUAUCCACGUGGAACAGUAAGCUUUUACUUUGAAAUCCUAAAACACUUGUCAUUUUAACGUCAUCUUAUGAGACAUUCACACUCACUGGGGUAACCAGGAGAACACAACCAAACCGACGCAGAAACGCUCCGAGCUGCUCUGGUUGCUUUCUGCAGGUCAUGUGAUUGAAUCUGAAUUCAAAUCACAUCGAAGUCUUUCAAAGUAACCUGAUAAAGUCGGAGGUAUUCCCCUUCUCUGAAUUUGAAAUCCCACAGUAAGAUCCAUUUCCUGGCAGUCCCGUGCUUCUGUACCCAGAUGAUUGAUUUUAUUGGGCUGUCUUGUUGGCAUGUGACGUCUUCAGCGUAUUACAGCUCUGACCAGUUGUGUUGUACAGACUCUGGUGUUAAGUAUUAAAUGCACUCUUAUAAAAUCCCCGGUGCCUUGCAAAGCAGUGCGGUCCCAAAUAUCUGCUUUUAUACGCUCUACACAGUAUUUCUGUAGCAAAGACAUGUACUGAAACUGUAACAGCUGAUUGGACCCUACAAAUAAAGUCAGAGAUCAAAUGUG